CUCAACAUUGUCGGGCAGCUUGCUGCGGGCUCUCGCCUGUGUCUGUUCUGCAAACGCUUGUGGGUUGGUCGUGGAAGCGGAAUAAAAUCGGCAGCUUUUUCCUCGGGAAAGGGCCCGCUGUGUGUGUUUGUUUGUGUGUUUCCCAGCGUACCCCAUUGAAGCGGUGAAUCAGCCGUGUGAAGGAAUUUAAAAAGUAAUUGUUAAGCAACAUCGAUCCAAAUAGUUGUGCGAAGUGAAGCUGGAACAACAAGAGAAGAACGUCACCAUCUCGGUGUGAUGAUGAUGAUUAUGGUGAUGAUGGUGAUGCGCCCAAGAAUUACCCCUGCCCCCGCUGUCUGCUGUGUGUAUGUGUCUGCAAGUCGUGCAGUAAGACGCGAUGUUUAGACACGUUUUUUCACGGCAAAGAAAGCAAUCGAAAGUCGAAGAAAGAAGUGAGGGAAGAAAAAGCAGUAGCUGGCUCUUUGUUGCGUUCUAUGCGCUCUAAUCAAGUCCAUAGUGCAUCAUCGCUCCUUCCUUAUGUGUGUGUGUGUGUGUUCAGCAACUGAGCAUCGUCAUCAACAUCAUCAACGGGGGAAGAAUGACAGCAUCCUUCCCUUGCGGGUAAAGUCGAAGUGUGUGUGUUGUGUCUAUUCUCUUACCUGCAGCGAUGAUUGCACCUUCUGCCUACACCUCGUUCUUGGUGCAUUUCCCUACAGGGCAGCUUACACACGCACACAACCACACACACACACAACCACUGAUGCUCAUUGUGUGUGUCGCGCGCUGAAAGAAAAGAAGAAAGCAAGCGGAGGAAGACGGGGUUCGGGCCAAGAGUUCAUGGCUGAUAUUGGGUGUUGUAUGCGGUAAUCGGAUCAUCGCCAUCAUCACCAUCAUCAAUCGUCAGUCUUCGCGACCUUCACACACAGAGAAAGGAGAAAAAAGAAGCGUGCGAGCGAGCGAGCGAGCGAUAGAAAAAGAACGAAAGAGCGUGCGAGAAGUGUGAAAAACACAACGUGUAAAAUCUCCCUCUGUGUGUGUGUGUGUGUGUGUGUGUGUGUGUGUGUGUGUGUGUGUGUGUGUGUGUGUGUGUGUGUGUGUGUGUGUGUGUGUGUGUGUGUGUGUGUGUGUGUGUGUGUGUGUGUGUGUGUGUGUGUGUUUGUGUGUGUCGGUGUUAGACAGUAUUCUUGGAGGAGGAAGAAAAAACACUGCUCAAACACACCACACACACGGGUUUGGGCACACGGGACAGCUGCUGCGCUGGACAGGGAGUUGCUGAAGGGUAGCUUUUUUCUUUUGCUUCAUCCCACUAAUAGAGUCAUCGUGACGUGUGACACACACGCGAAAGUGUAGUUGAUCCCUGGCAUCACAGUGUCUGUUCGCGUGAGGAGCACUUCACCGUAAAACCAUCUGCCAGGAUAAAUACAUAAAAGUGAAGCUACGAACCGCCGAUCGAUUGCUGGCGAGAAGUGCACAGGGAUUACUCAACACACGCCUCUGAAGUUUGACGGGAUCAAAGUAACCAUAAACACGCCCAAGCCUUAACCGUCCGCAACGACAAUCCGCUGGUGUGUUUGGUGGGUGGUGGCGCUGCUACUCUCGGGGCGACGGUAGGGCUUUUCCCCCUGGUUUUUUUUUCAUCACACGGUAAAACCGGGCGGUGGCUGUGUGGCACUCCACACAGUCUCCAUCCGUACAGCGCACGGCGGCACACUGGGCACCCGGGUACGGCUCUGUCGGCAAACGAUGGCGGAGGUGGGCACCAGCUCGAGCGGCGACGGCGAGUCGGCCGCACCGGACAAACCGAAGGGUUCGGUCAAGUUCACCGAGGCCGACCUGGCCGCCAUCAAGCAGACGAGCGAUACGCUGAAGCGCAACCCGAAGAUGGACUUUAGCAAAGCGGACCUGCUGAAGCUGCUCAGCUAUCUCGAGGGCGAGCUGCAGGCACGCGACGUCGUGAUUGCCGUGCUCAAGACGGAAAAGAUCAAACAGCUGCUGACGGCGCCGCGGUACAGCAAGCCGCCGAACCUGAACGAUCCGCACGCGGCCCUGUUUCGCGAUCAGCUUGCGGCAAGCGGCAACAUCGCAAGCCGCCAGUCCUCAUUUCAGGCGGCCCAUUCUGAGCACGAGAUGCGGCUGAUGAGCGACCAGCGGACGGGGGUGCGUGAGCAGAUGGAUUCGCUCGCCGCGCUCGUGAUGCAGCAGCGCCAGGCGCAGGCCAAGAUGAUCGAGGCGCUGAAGGACGCGGAGGAGCGACACAAGCGCGUCGUGCAGGAGCUGUACGACGAGCGGCGCAAGCACGAGCACACGACCGCCCAGGGCGACGACAUCACGUACGGGCUGGAGAUCGAGCGGUCGCGCCUCAAGCAGGAGCUGGACCACGAGAAGGACCAGCACAAGGUGCUGGAGAUCGAGCUGAAGAAGGUGCAGGAGCAGUUCGAGGCGGAGAAGAACCGGCAGAAGCAGAUCGUGUUGCUGCUGCUGGCGGAGCGCAAGAAGAUCAUCAUCAAGUACAUCGAGGAGCGGAAGCGGAGCGAAGACCUGGCGCAAAUACUGUCCGAGGAGAAGCAGCGGGUCGACACGAUCGCGGAGGGGCUGGAGGAGGAGAGCAAAAAGUCGCUCCGGAUGGAGGCGGAGCUGGAGAAGCAGGCGCAGCAGUUCGAGCUGGAGCGGAAGCUGCUGCACCAAAGCCUGGCCAAGGAGGAGAAACGGGUAAAGGAACAGGAGGUAGAAAUACAGCAGCUAAAGGCGGAAAUUGAAUUGCUCCGCAAGCAAACCGGUAUACGGCAUCCGCUUGUAGCGCCGCAGCUACCUACCAAACCGGGCGGGCUCGUACCGUCUCGGCCAUCGAUCGGUGGCGCUGGACCGGGUGGCGUACCCUCCGUCGGUGCUGCGGGAAGUCCAUCCUCGCUGGGAGCGACUGUCACUUCAGGAUCGAUAGGUAUACCGGGGCAAAUGAUUAGUAGCAUGGCAACGAAAGUUGUCCAGCCGACCGCAACCGUAUCGAGCGUUCCGGUUACCGCACCAACAACCGGAAUCGCUCGCUCGGUCUCACCGGGGCAACUAAUCCGACAGACGGCCAUUUCGCAACUUUCCGUCACCUCGCCCCCCUUGGUCGGUGCAGCUGCUCCGGCAGCUGGUGGAGCCGGUGCAGCGGCAGGAGCAAUUGGCACCACGCCUCCCGUGCCAGCCGGCGCGUCACCGGACACCUACGCCAACACACCGGCCGGAAAGAUGGUGGCGAGUGCGGCAGGCGUACGGAAGGCGGCCACAACGGCGAUCGGCGGCGGAUCAGCGGCAACAGCAGCGGCAGGAAGUCCAAUGUCCGGCUCGACGGCAACCAUCAAGAAGACAAUAAUACUGCCGGUCGGGGGGCGCGGCGUACCGCCACCGAUCCCGCCCAACAAGCCGCAGAUACCGCCGAAGCUGUCCGGCGUGUCGGCGGUCGCUGCCGUGGCAGCCGGUGCCGUCUCAUCCCGCAUACCCUUUCUCAGCAAUAGUGGCGGCAGCAGCAGCAGUAGCAGCAGCAGCAGUGGUAGUAGCACCGGUUCGAUCAACAGCAGCACCACUACCCCUGUUAGUCCCGUCAGCAGUAGUAUCGGCGGCAGUAACGCACUCAGUAGCAGCACCGCCUGUAACAGCAGCAGCAGCAGCAGCGGCAGCAACAGCUCGUCCGCCACCAGUAGUAGUAACAGUGUAGCAAGCAGCAGCGGCAGCAUUAUUAACAGCAACACUAGUGCGCAACAGCCAUGUCCACCAUCCCACAACACCACCACUGGCACAGCUAUCACUACCGCCAUGAACAUAAACACUACCAACACCACCACCACCCCUCCCAGCAGCACCAAUAAUAGUAAUAAUGCCGCCAGUGCGCCAAACGCCUUACUGCAGCAGCAACAGCAACAUCAUACUCAUCCCGUACCGCCGCUCUACACGCAUCAUCCGCAUCACGUUUCCCAUCUUGCUCAUGUUGCCGGUACCGGUGGGGCCUCCACCAACGCCCCAGCAGCGGCCACAGCCGCCACCGCCACAGCAACCGGUGGCGGCGCUACCCAACAGCAGCAAGGUUUUGCGACGGCAGCCGCAUCUGCCCCAUCCGUACCAUCAGCCGCCACCGGUGGGCCAUCCGAAGUAUUGACCACCACCAACCUCGGUUGCGAGGGUGGGAUAGUGUAAAACGGCCAAUCGGGGUGGUGUGGCCGUCCUGUUCAACGACUACAUUGAUCCGCGCAGCCGUGGGACACACAGCAACGGUAAAGAUAUUGUAUCGUGCCAUAUACAUACACACGCGCUGGUACGUAGGAUGUUGCUCUAGCUAUUGUUAAGGAGUAACGUGCAAGCGCACGUCUUGUACGCGGCCACAUCACACACACUACUUACCCACAAACCCAUGCACCUAGCGAAUGUUUGUGAUGUGAUUUUUAUUCUAUUUGCCUUUUAAAAGUGGUGCUUUUGAUUUGUAACGUUAGUCCCUUACACUGUAGCUUCUACCAGUACCGUGUGUUUUUAUCAGUAGCACAUCUAUUUUGACAAUGUUUUUGUUUUAUAAAAAAAAGGAUUCUAUUAGUAGCAUCACUUCGUUUUUAUCUUUGCCCAUUGUAACAUGGCUGUAUAGUGUGUGGCUAUUCUUAUUUAUUGAUUAUUUAAAAAAAUGUUUUAUUGCUAUUACAUCACACGAUAAUUUUAAUUUUAACACAUUCGCUGGUGCAUUUGACCAAUAAUCAAACAAUACACAACUCAAAGUCAUAAAUAAGUAUAUAAGAUUCCUAACCAAGAACACAG